CAUCCGCGCCCACUGCACCAUCUGCUCCGACUUCUUCGACAACGAGCGGGACGUGGCGGCCGUGCCGUGCGGGCACACCUUCCACCAGGCCUGGUGAGCGCCGGGGCGGGCGGGGGCUCGGGCCGGGCCGUGGGGUCUCAGCCACGGGCACCUUCUGUGGCCCCGCGCGAGGGCUCUGAGGAAUUCACGGAGCUGCCGCAGCAGUCCGGGCUGCGCUGGUUACGCGUCUGAACAGACUGUCCCGGGAGGUGGUGGAGUCGCCGUCCCUGGAGGUGUUUAAGGAAAGACUGGACGUGGCACUUGACAUGGUGGUGAUAGGUCAUAGGUUGGACUCGAUGAUCUCAGAUCUUUCCCUACCUAAUUGAUUCUGUGGUUCUGUCACUGUGCUGCCUGCAGGCUCCCUUCUCCGGAAGAGCCAGUCUCACAGGGCAUUUGGAGGGAGAGGUGUUGGAUUAUGGUGAAGCCUCCCUGGCAAUUCCAUGCUUUUCUUGCUGUGUUGCAAGUGUCUGUGUUGAAAAGAAAUGGUUCUUCUGAGCAAAUAAACUUUGUGUGGGGAGGGGAUGGGUAUUUGCUUUCCUGGCUAACAAGCUUGGAGAGAGACCACGGGUGUGAUUGUCACUUCUCACUCAGCAGUGCUGCUCGGGCCUGCUCUCUUUCAGCAGCCAGCAGAGCAGGAAGAGCUUCCAAAGGUAACCUGCCAGCUCCAAAUCAUUACCCUGCUCCCAAAAUAAACCUUUCCAGUGUGAUGUGAUGGCUUGGUUGCAAAAUGCAUUAGUGGCUUUCCUGGGGAGCCCGGCAGGUUUGAAUUCAUCAUCUCAGAGCAGAGUGAGGUGCUCCGCAGAUCCACGUUCAGUGGCCCCCCUUGGAGCUGACCGGGCUGGGAUCUCAGCUGUCACAUCCUGAUAGAGCAGCCCUUGUGCCACACUGUGUGCGGAUGCGCUCGCUCCUGUGAAGCUGCGGCUGUUCAAAGCCUGUCUCCCAGAGAGAUCUGAGCUCUACAAAAGCUCUGCCCUGUUAAAGAUAAGCUCACAUGCUAAAUUCAGCCAGGAAUUGUCUUGGAGAUGCAUGUGGAGCAUGCGUGUGGAACACGGCGCUCCUGUCGGCCCCAGCACCGGACUGAAGGUUUACGGUUCUGCUUUAGUGUGCAAUGAGGAAUCACAUCCUGACGUCUCCUGGGGAGCUGGGGGAUGGCCCCUGAAAGCAGUGCUCCAGAAUUUUGAGGAUUUACUGUAUGUUUUCCUUUUCUUUCUCAGCCUCAUCCAGUGGUUUGACACUGCACCGAGCCGGACAUGCCCGCAGUGCAGAAGCCAGGUCAGCAAAAGGCACAUCAUCAAUAAGCUGUUUUUUGAUGUUACCCUGGAGGAGCAAGCAGCACCGGAUGCUGAGACCUUGCAGAAUGAACUGGACAAGGUGAAGGCCCAGCUCUCCUUGAAAGAGAAAGAAAAGAGGGAAUGCCAGGCUGUUGUGGACGGGCUGAGGGACACUCUGGAUGUGCGCAAUGCCACAAUAGAGUCGCUCCAGAAGGUGGUGGGAGAGACAGAGAUGCUGUGCUCCUCUCUCAAGAAGCAGAUGAAAUUCCUGGAGCAGCAGCAGGAGGAUAACAGAAGUUCAAAGGAGGAGGCCCGUCGGCUGCGAAACAAGCUGAGAACCAUGGAGCGGAUUGAGCUGUUGCUUCAGAGCCAGCGCUCGGAAGUGGAGGAGAUGAUCAAAGAGAUGGGAGUUGGACAGGCAGCAGUGGAGCAGCUUGCAAUCUACUGUGUCUCCCUCAAAAAGGAAUACGAGAACUUGAAGGAGGCUCGGAAGAUCUCUGGUGAGAUGACAGAGAAGCUGAAGAAGGAGCUGUUUUCUGUCAAUAACAAGCUGCAGAAAGCAACUUCAGAGUUGGAGAAGACAAAGGAGGAGUUAAAAAGCACGCAGAAAGAUCUGAAGAAUGCAGACAAGGAGAUCUUGAGUUUGAAGAAGAAGAUAGACAUCCUGCAGGAUACUCUGAAGGUCCCCUCUGUAACCAGGGAAACACUCAGUCGGCUAGUCUUUGAAAGCCCUGUUCCUGUGGAACUGCAGCAUCCAAAGCUCCACCGCCCGUCCGACAGCGACGAGAUCAAUCUCGAUGCUACUUAUGAUGUGGACACCCCUGAACACCAGCCCUGCACAUCCCCCUUUGGCACUACAAAAAGGCAGAAGCUGGAUAAAAAGCCGCCUCCUGUGGUAAAUCUGGCGAAGAAAGUUCUUAAGGAAACAGUGGAGAACAGGGCAGAUGAUCUGGAGGAUGAUGCUCUUAAAGGACUCUUGCCAGCAUACAUCAGGAACUCUGUUCUCUCCAAGAAGCCAUCUUUGGGCAGUUUGUGGGGUCCCCACAAGAACAUGGGCUCUGUGAGGACGGGCUACGAUGGCAUGGGAGGCAGGACAAAGUUCAUAGAGCCAACAAACUUGGCAGAAAUCCGUCCAUUAUCAGUGAGGAGCAAGAAGAAGGUCUCCAGACCAGCGUCUGCAGCUCCUUCUUCAUCUUCUUCCGGCAGCAGCCAGAGCUCUGCAGUUGCUGCUGCUUUGGGCUCUCUGGCACCAGGUGGAACUGCACGUCUUGGAAGCAGCCACAAGCAGGAGGUGCAGGACGAAUGUCUGGGAUGUCAGUCUGAGAGCAGCAGGGAGAAUGGACCUGGACCAGCUCCAUGCCUGGUGUAAAUAGUUCCAAGAAAGUUUACUGGAGGAAGAAGUGUGUAGAGCAACCUGUGUGGCUGUGGAGUGUCUGUAUAUUCAUCGUCAAAUUAAACACCGUCCCUCAACCACAGGCCUGUGGGGGCUGGGGAGAUCUACAGGUGGGCCUGGGCCCUGUCCUGUUUUGGGCCGUGAAGUCCAGAAUGGGUUGUGCACGCUUGGCACUGAAACUGCUGACUGGGGAGGAAAGUAUUGGGGUGAGCCCCUGCUCCACUCGGAAGCAGAGAUAGGUGUGCUGGUGUGACCUCUGUGCAUGGCACGUGUUGGUGCAAACUUGUUUGUUAAUUCCUGUGUUUUAAUAAGAUUGUAGAGUAUUUUUGUUAUUUUGUAACUGUUCUGCCUUGCCAUUAGAGGGUUUGGAAUGGCCUGGAGAAGUGCUGAAGAAUGGCUCCCUUCAGGGGAGGGGAAGACUGGUGGGGCCGAACCUGUCUGGGUUCUUCAGCUUGGAGCCAUGCAACAAGAAAUCCACACCUGAAGCAGGGCUGUCCAAGCUGCAAGGAACAGAUGUGGUGAGGCACCUAAUACAGCACUCUACUGCACAAAUCUGACAUUUCCUAUUUCCAGCUGCCUCAGGCCAGAAUGUGUAGUACCUGCACUGGCUGAAACCAUGUUUUUAGGGAAUAAAAUAUAUUGCUGUG